GUUUGUUUACUUCCCUGUUGACGUUAAUGGGAAUAGUGUUUCAUUCAGGUGCAGUUAGGAACUCUUUAUCUGAGAAAUAACACGUGAUAUACGACUAUUGAAAAAAAAAAAACAUUCUGAUUUUAUUUAAAAGAUUUACCUCCAUGUCGCAUCAGCAUAAUUAUUAACAUUCUGAACAACAAAAUAGGAGCAAAAGCAGAACACUGAGGAAGAGGAAGUCUGUCUUGUUCAGCAGUUCGUGCAGUAGAUACAACUGGGAAACAUCACAUUAAACACAGCUAUAAAGAAGAACUGAACAUACAAAUAACAAAGAAGAUAAUUUAAUAAGAGAGAAAUGAACACGAUCUUGACUUUGACUCUGCUGUUGAUUCCUGGUGCUGUGAUGUCCAUCAGUGUGACAGGAUAUUCAGGAGGUGGAGUCAUCAUCACAUGCAGAUAUAAUAAAGAAAAAACACAAAAUAAAAAGUAUUUUUGUAGAGGUCAGUGGUCAGAGUGCAAAGAUCUCAUCAGAACUGAUAUUAAAGAUGAAUGGACACAUGAAGGAAGAUUUUCUCUGUAUGAUGACACAAGAGCAGCAGUCUUCACUGUGAUCAUCAGAGAUCUGAAUAAACAGGAUUCUGACAAAUACUAUUGUGGGACUGAUAUCUUUCUCAUUGAAGAUUUAUACACAGAAGUGAAUCUGAAUGUUAGAGAAGAUGGUUGUUGUGAGAACUUCAUCAGUUUAUCAGCUGCUUCAGGAGAAUCUGUGAACAUCAGCUGCAGAUACUCACAAUCUCACAGGAGUGACAGUAAGUUUGUGUGCAGAAGAUCUGAAGCUGAUAUAUGUGCUCAUGAGACAUCUGUGAAUGAGAGCAGAAGAUGGACACGAGAGAGACAGUUGCAGCUGUAUGAUGACAGAAUGAAUCUAGUUCUGACUGUCAGCAUCAGUAAUGUGACUGAUUCAGCAGAAUACUGGUGUGGAGUUCAAUCUCAUCAACAAUACAAGAGCUUCAUUACACGAGUCAAGCUCACUGUUACUGAGCAAAACUUUGAAAAAAUCACACAUCUACCAUCAUCACCAUUAUCAUCAUCAUCAUCAUCAUCAUCAUCAUCAUCGAUCAGAACUCCACCAAUUACUCUAAACUCCCAGCCAUCAACAUCUGACAUUACAUCAGCUUUAACGUUUAGUUCGAAAAACCCUUCUCUGAUCAUCAGUUUGUCUGUUGUUCUGGCUCUGAUCAUCAUUGGACUCUUAUUACUGAUAGUGGUACUCUAUAAGAGGCAUAAGAGUCGAGGUCCUGCUCCAGUUUCUAAAAUGUCUCAUCUGGAACCAGGACAGAAUGAAGAGGUUCGUCAUACAGCUUGUGAUAAUGAAGACUUUAAAGACAUCAAACUUCACAAUGAUUCAGAUACAGGAAGAUCCGCUGACAACAAUACUGCACAAAUACUCACAAACCCCUCUGAUUCUGCUAACGUCAUUUACGCCACUCCUCAAUUUCCCACAAACCCGUCUCAUUCUCUCAUCACAAUUUACUCUACAGUUCAACAUCACACCGGUUGCUUGGAGUCCUCAGUAUGUGAAACUCAACGGUGUCGAAUUGCAUCUAAUGAAGGUGUUCAUUACACAGAGAAACAUUUCCAAAAAGGUGUCCCCUGACUGUCCUAAUUAUGUUACUUCAGAAUUCACCUUUAAAAAAAAGAGCAGGAUUAGUAAUUUUUUCUCAUUGAAUGACAGAAACAUUGUGCUUUGUGAAGUUUAAACAUACUCACUGUAUGAUCUGUAGGCUACUAGACAAUACAUAAGACAUUUUUAUUUGAUAACAAUAAAUCAGUGCAGGUGUUGGAAUAAAAAUAUCUUUGCCUAUUUUUUUAAUAUUUAUACAUUUAAAUUUCAAAAUAAAAUUCCAUCAAUUUGAAUGUAUUUAUUUAUUAUCUUAACUGAAAAUAAAUUGAUUAAACUUGGAUUUAUUUAAGUUUUAUUUGUUUAAAUUGGUGAAAUAGUGUCCUGGUGAAUUCAUUUUACUCACCUGUUUGAUGCAUUAUUAUUAUUUUUCAACAUCAGAUCACAUUAACAACAAAUCUCCCUUUCUCAUUUAAACUCAGCACAUCACAUCUGCCCAAAUAAAAUGAUUUGAUUUGUUGAUUUGUGUAAUUUGCUUCUAUUUCAAAUGCAGCUCUUAAAAGCCAGUUAUUCAACAUUAAGACAUUUAUAAAGUCAUGUGAUUUUCUACUUCAUUAGAAUAUGAACCUCCUGCAGUUUCCUCCAUGCAUAGCUGCUGUCCAUGGUGCUGAACACCUGUGUUUGCACUCUUAUCUCUCUGAUGUCCACUAGAGGACACUGUUUUACCAUAAAACUGCUGUUGGGAUGUGUCCACUAGACGUCACUGUCCGAUGUUCAAGUGGAUUAAAACAUUAUUGUUCAAAAAUAGAUUAUUAAAGUAUAGAAUCAUUUUGAAAAAGACAUUCUCUGUACUAAUGUAGUCAAAUUAAAAUGCGUUGAACCAAGAGUUUUAUCUGCACGUGUCUGUGCUGUGUUCAAUUUGUGAGACGAUAUCUCUGAU